AUGGCCGACCGUCUCAAGUCCAUCGUUUCCCACAUGACUCCGUCGAAGAGCGGGCUCGCGGCAAUUACCACGAAGAAUCCCGAUGACAUUGUCAUUACCCUCGCCAUCCGCACGCCUCUGACCAAGGGCUUCAAGGGUGGCUUCAAGGACACGCCUCUCGAUGGCAUUAUAUUCAAGCUCAUGGAGCAGGUCGUCGCUAAGAUGAACAUGGACCCUGCUCUGGUUGAGGACAUUUGCCUCGGCAAUGUCUCAUCCGCAAAGGCCGCUUACUACUGCCGUGCUGCCAUGCUCGCCGCCGGUUUCCCCAACACCACCUCCGGCUCCUCCGUGAACCGCUUCUGCAGCUCCGGCUUGAAGGCUGUACAGGACAUUGCCAACCAGAUUGCUACCGGCGCCAUCGAGAUUGGUCUUGCCAUUGGCGCUGAGUCCAUGACCGAGGGCGGUGACAAGCUGGAGCGUCCCUUCUUCGACGAGAUCCUGGCUGCCAACCAGGAUGCCCGCGACUGCAUGCAGCCCAUGGGUCAGACCUCGGAGAACGUUGGCAAGGACUUCAACAUCACAAGGGAGAAGCAGGACAGAUACGCGUGCGAGAGCUUCAGGAGGGCGGAGGUUGCGCAGAAGGCGGGCUGGUUCGACGACGAGAUCGUCCCCAUCCAGGUUAAGGUCAAGGACCCCAAGACUGGCGAGGUGAAGCAGGUGACCCUUACCAAGGACGAGGGCCCCAGGUACGGAACCACCUACGAGGCUCUGUCCAAGAUCCGCCCUGCUUUCAUGCCGCACGGAGACCGGUCCACUGGUGGAAACUCUUCCCAGGUCACGGACGGUGCCGCCGCCGUCCUCCUCAUGAAGCGCUCCACUGCUGAGCGUCUCGGCCAGCCCAUCAUGGCCAAGUUCGUUGGUGCCACCGUUGCCGGCCUUGCUCCCCGCAUCAUGGGUAUCGGCCCUUCGGUCGCCAUCCCCAAGCUGCUCAAGCAGUUCAACCUCAGCCUCGAGGAGAUCGAUCUCAUUGAGAUCAACGAGGCUUUCGCCUCUAUGGCCGUCUACUGCCUCGAGACCCUCAAGAUCGACCACUCCAAGCUCAAUGUGAGAGGCGGUGCCAUCGCUCUCGGCCACCCUCUCGGCUGCACCGGCGCCAGGCAGAUCGUCACUGGUCUCAGCGAAUGCAGGAGGCAGAAGAAGAAGAUCCUGUUGACCAGCAUGUGCAUUGGCACGGGUAUGGGUAUGGCUGGUCUGUUCGUCAACGAGCAGUUAUAG